AUGGACUUUCAGGAAAGAGGUGUUCAAAGCUGUGAGAACAUGGUGGACAUGGUGGACAUAGUGGAUGUAAACGAAGAGCUCUUUGCUGCUUCCAGUUCCUCAGCUGCAGACACGGCUUUCGAUGCUGUUAUUGGCUGCAUAGAAGACGUCAUCAUGGAGGAAGAGUUCCAGCACCUUCAGCAGACUUUCAUGGACAAACACUACUUGGAGUUUGAUGACUCAGACGAGAACAAGCUCUGCUACACACUCAUUUUUAACGAAUACGUCGACCUGCUGGAGAAACACCUGGAGCAGCAGCUGAUUGAGAGGGUCCCUGGUUUCAACAUGAACACUUUUAUAGAGAUGCUCAUGCAGCACAAAGACGAAGUCUCGGGGGACAUCUUUGACAUGUUGCUGACGUUCACAGACUUCGUGGCCUUCAAAGAGAUGUUUGUGGAAUACAGAGCUUCAAAGGACGGCCGAGGACUGGACCUGAGCCAGGGGCUGGUGGUCACACCUCUGACCCUGUUUGGCUCCAAACACGUCGGCUCUGCUGAAUCC